AUGAAUUCAUUGAAAAGAAAGCUCGUGUUACUUGGGUAUGAAUCGUAUGAUAUCGAAAAAGACGAUUUUUAUUGCAUGAUUUUAAAAAUCGAAGAAGAAAAAAUUAGAUUAUAUAAACCCAAAGAAAGGGAAAAACUUAAUUACACAAAAGAAAAAAACUAUAUUGAACAUAUAUUAAAAUAUUUAAAAAAAUUAAAUAUAAAUAUAACAAAUAUUAAUAAAACAAAUAUUAAUGAAAUAGAAAUAAAAAAAUAUAUUUUAAACAAUUUAACUACGUUAGCAUUACUUGAUGAAUAUAAAGAUUUGACAUGUUUUGACGAUGAUACCGAGAAUGAUGAAUAUAAAAAUAUUCAAUCGAAUGAUGAGCAAGCUAAAUAUAUAGAAGGAAAUAUUUCUGAUCAAACUAUUACUAAUUUUUUUGAAUUAAAUUACAUGAACAUUUGUGAAAAAGAAGAAUUUGAAAAAAAUAAAGACAAACUAAUAAUAUUGAUUGAUACAAUUAAUGACAUAUUUAAAAAGCAUGAUAUACCAUUGUUAAAAAAGGAUGAAAUAAUUAAAAAUAACGAAAUAUACAAUGUUAUAUCUGCUCUACAUUUAUUAAAGGAAAAAUUAAAAACUAAAGAAAAAAUACAAAAUGAAAAUUAUGAAAAUUUAUUCAAUUUUAAUAUUAAUGUUAAUAAUAAAGAAAUGGCUGAUUUUGUUUAUAUUUUACGAUAUAUAUUUAAUGAAAAACUAAGAGAUAGAAAAACACAUAUCAAAAAUAUUCUGAACGAAACGCAAAUCCUGACCUAUAAUCCUAUAAUAGACAUAAAACAGGGAAAGGUUGGGAGGUAA